GUUUGACAUAGUAACGAAACAGAGGGCAAAAUAAAAAUAUAUUAACUUAAUUUGAUUUCAUUUACAUGGAAAUGACCUUUAAUGAUGACUUAAAGAGUUAUUUGAGAACAGCCUUAGAUGAUGAUGGAUUUUUAGGUGAAAUUAAAGCUGAUAUAUUGAAGAAGAUUUUCAAAAAAAUAAAGAAUCAGUCACCUGAAUUGAAAACAUCUCCUGCUUCAGAUAUACAUUCAAAUAUCAAAUUACUAAUUAAUGAACUAAUAAUUGAAUAUUUAAACUUUGAAAAUUUAUCAUUUACAGAAUCAGUUUUUCGUCAGGAGUCUGGUCAUGGUAAUUUACAUAAGUUACCUAGACAAUUUCUAUGUCAAACAUUACAAAUUAAACCAACUGUAAAUAUUAAAUCGUUAGUUCCUAAAAACCAUAAUAAUAAUAGUAAUAAUAAUGCCAAAAAUGAAUUAAUUGAACAACCAAUCCCUUUAUUAUUCUAUAUUGUACAUUAUCUUAUGGUAAAUGGUUUAGAUACAGUACAUAAUCAUGAGUUAUACAAUAAAGAUUUUUCAAAUCAAGUGCAAAAAUCAACCAUUAAUGAUCGGCCUAUAAAUAAUCGAAAUAAUGAAGAUGAUUUCAAUUCUACUCUUGUAUUACACAAUCAUACUUCUCUUCAAAAUACACAAAAACAUUUUAAUCCAGAACAUAUUUUAAUUUAUGAACCAACUGAUAAUAAAAAUUUGAUUAAUUCUGAAUCUGAUUUGUAUUAAUUUUUUAUACAAUCGAAAUAAACUUCUAAUACUGUGUAUUUACUUGUUUCUUUACUACUAUUGUUGUCAUUUAUUUAAUAUCUUACUACCCUGUUAACAAAGCUGUGCACUCUC